AUGAUGGCUACAGAGGUCAGCAGUGAGGAUACGGGUUCGGUCACCGCAGGGACGGGGGUGGCAGGCGGAGGAGGCCCGGAGACGGCCCCUUUUCCCUACUAUCCUAAGCCGAACAGAGUGAGAAUGACCGAUCUGGGACCAGGACCGACCCAAACAGCCAGACAAAAUUCAAACACAUCCCCCGAUUCGCUUCCAGACACGAGUAUGUAUCCGGUGCCUGGUGGGGAAAUAACGGGCUCUUUGCUGUCGGUGGCUGGGAGUGGUGGAGAGGCAGUUUUUCAAGGAACCAACUCAGGGACAGGGGGCGGCAUGUGCAGCUCUCCCACUUCGGAGAGUCCAACCAACCGAAGUUCACCCACAUCCACAGGCCCUGAUGGCUCAUCGGGCUUCCCUCCUCUGCCACCCGCUCCCCCCAUGGAUGAAGGAGACCUGCCAGAUUGGGGGGAUGAGGAAGAUCUGGUGUUUCCUCUCUCUGCACCUCCCACGAACCAGUGGUACCAUGGCAAACUAGACCGAACCAUUGCAGAGGAGCGUUUGCGCCAGGCCCGGACCCCUGGCAGCUACCUCAUCAGGGAGAGUGACCGCCGGCCCGGUUCCUUUGUCCUGUCUUUCCUCAGUAUGACCAAUGUGGUCAACCAUUUCAGGAUAAUCGCCAUGUGUGGGGACUAUUACAUUGGUGGUCGACGGUUCUGUUCUUUAUCGGACCUGAUCGGCUACUACAGCUAUGUAUCUUGCCUAUUAAAAGGAGAGAAACUCCUAUCACCAGUGGCACCUCCAGAACCUGUAGAAGACAGGAGAAGAGUCAGGGCCAUACUUCCAUACACCAAAGUGCCAGAUACUGAUGAGAUCAGCUUCCUGAAAGGGGACAUGUUUAUUGUUCACAAUGACCUAGAGGAUGGCUGGAUGUGGGUCGCCAAUGUUCGCACAGGAGAGCAAGGGCUCAUCGUGGAGGAUCUGGUAGAAGAAGUGGGCCGAGAGGAGGACCCGCACGAGGGAAAAGUCUGGUAUCACGGAAAGAUUACCAAGCCGGAGGCUUACACCCUUCUUAUGUCAGUUGGCCAGGUUUGCAGCUUCUUGGUCCGACCCUCAGACAACACACCUGGUGACUACUCCCUCUUUUUUCGCACGAGUGAAAACAUCCAAAGGUUCAAGAUCUCCCCAACUCCCAACAAUCAGUACAUGAUGGGAGGGAGGUACUACAACAGUCUUGACGAUAUCAUUGAUCAUUACAAGAAAGAACAGAUUGUUGAGGGCUACACCCUGAAAGAACCAGUUUCAAUACAGCACCAGGAGCAGGUGUUAACUGACAUAACGGAUGGGAGAGAAAUUUAUAACACUAUAAGACGGAGAACAAAAGAUGCUUUCUACAAGAACAUAGUCAAAAAAGGCUAUCUCCUCUUCAGCAAAGGAAAAGGAAAAAGGUGGAAGAACCUGUACUUUAUCCUGGAGGGCAAUGAUGCGCAGCUCAUCUAUUUUGAAAGCGAGAAGAGAGCUACCAAACCCAAAGGGCUGAUAGACCUAAGCGUGUGCUCCGUGUACGGUGUGCACGACAGUCUUUUUGGCAGGCCAAACUGUUUCCAGAUCGUUGUCCAGCACUUUAGUGAGGAACAGUACAUAUUCUACUUUGCAGGAGAGGUCCCAGAGCAAGCGCAGGAUUGGAUGAAAUGCCUUCAGACGUUCUGUAGUAAUCUAAGAAAAACCACUGUACCGACUUCAAACAAAAGGCUUCGACAGGUGAGCAGCCUGGUGCUGAAUGUAGAGGAGGCCCACAAGCUGCCUGCAAAGUAUUUUACCAACCCCUACUGCAACAUCUACCUGAACAGCGUCCAGGUCGCUAAGACGCAUCCAAGGGAAGGCCAGAAUCCUGUCUUCACUGAGGAGUUCAUCUUUGAUGACCUGUCCAGUGAAGUGAACCGAUUUGAAAUCAGUCUGAGCAACAAAACAAAGAAGAGCAAGGAAAGCGAUAUCUUGUUUAUGCGCUGCCAACUAGGUCGGUUACAGAAGGGUCAGAUGAUUGAUGAGUGGUUCCCCCUGAGCUCUCAUGUUCCUCUGAAGGGCAUCGAGCCAGGCUCUUUGCGGGUACGCCACCGCUACUCCAUGGAGAAGAUCAUGCCAGAAGAGGAGUACAGUGAAUUCAAAGAGAUGAUUUUGCAGAAAGAUUUCCAUGCCAUCUACGCUUUGGCCAAUGUUUGUGGUCAGGACCGCACGUUAUUAGCCAGCCUCCUUCUGCGGAUCUUUAGACACGAGAAUGCUGAAGCCCCUCUACUUAGGACACUUAAUGACAGAGAAAUUAACAUGGAGGAUGAGGCAACAACAUUGUUCAGAGCAACUACGCUGGCCAGCACGCUCAUGGAGCAGUACAUGAAGGCUACAGCCACACCCUUCAUCCACCAUGCAUUAAAAGACACCAUCCUCAAAAUCAUGGAAAGCAAGCAGUCCUGUGAGUUAAAUCCCUCCAAACUGGAAAAGAAUGAAGAUGUAAGUACUAACCUGGCUCAUCUCCUCAACAUAUUGUCUGAGCUUGUGGAGAAGAUCUUCAUUGCUGCGGACAUCCUGCCACCGACGUUAAGGUUCAUCUAUGGCUGCCUGCAGAAGUCUGUUCAACGGAAGUUCCCCAGCAACAACACCAUGCGGACAAGGGUUGUGAGUGGCUUCGUCUUUCUACGGCUGAUCUGCCCGGCCAUUCUCAACCCCAGAAUGUUCAACAUCAUUGCCGACCCUCCAUCUCCAACAGCAGCCAGGACUCUCACACUUGUGGCCAAGUCUGUUCAGAAUCUGGCCAACCUGGUUGAAUUCGGUGCCAAGGAACCCUACAUGGAGGGUGUUAACCCCUUUAUUAAGAACAACAAGCAUAGAAUGAUAAUGUUUCUGGAUGAGUUAGGAAACGUCCCUGAUCUCCCUGAACAACCAGAGCUCUUUAGGACAGACUUGUCGCGGGACCUGGCCGCCCUACACGAGGUCUGUGCCACGCACUCGGAUGAGCUUCGCACUCUGAGCAACGAAAGGGGAGCGCAGCAGCACGUAUUGAAAAAGCUCCUGGCCAUCACAGAGCUCCUCCAGCAGAAGCAGGCUCAGUACGCCAUGUCCAACAGCAACAGGACAGAGUGCACCAUCAUGUCACUAGCUGCUGCCAUCCAGGUAAUGUGAGUUUAAUGGCUUUCCACCUGUAAUCAGAUCCUGCAGCCAAAGUGACGCCUCAUUCCACGAGUCGGGGAAAUUAAGGACUCUGAGCGAGUUUUUACUGUGCGCGUGUGGCGAUACAAAUGCAACGUCACUGUCCUGCAUAUCGUCUCUCCAAAGCCCUUUUUUGAAUCCAAAUCCGUCAAACUGUCGGGAAACCUUGCAGAGAGGAUUCACUCUGACUGCACUGUGGAAAUCUGACAUUUUAUCCUGGUUUAUCACUUCCUCACAAGUCUUCAGCAGUUAAGGGAAGGGAAGCAGAGCGAACAGGCCUCCUGUUUGGUGACUCCUCUAUGGGAAAUGCGUCGGAGGGGAGAAAAUCCAAAGCACUGAAGCAGCGAUUUCUGCUCAUCAGGGAGUAAACAUAGCACCUCUUUCCAAGACAACACAGGCCUUAAUUCCCUUUCUACUCACCACCCGUUCACCAGAUUUUUCUAAGCUACCAAACCAUUGUUACUGACACUACUUGUUUUUCCUUGCAGCACGUAUUCAACCUGUUCUUUUUUUUUUUAUAUAUACUGCUUUUCUAUGUUCUGUAUUUAGGCUUGUAGGGAAAUGCUUGUUUAUGACAUAGCAGAACAGUGCUGAGAGGUCUACAUGUUUGUUGAACAUACCUAGAACCUGUGCAUGUGUUGAUCCUGAUAUAAAAUGGGCCUACAUAUAUGCUGCUCUAACACACCAUCACCUUUGUUCCUUCUAUGCCUUUUAAAGAAAAAAGCUUUCGAUAAUUGCAGUUUUUCCUCUAACUUUGCCGCCAUCACAGGAGGCGUUUCCUCACAACUUUGCUACGACUGUUUCUUCAUACAGCUCAAUCCUGACAGAGUCACGCCUCACACAGGUUUAUCGGCUUUCUAAAGUCGUAAAGGUCUGCCUUGAGCCGCUGCAGACUCGGAAUCUGUGCCUGCCGUAGCUCCAACGUUUACCAAACAGCAAACUGUAGUUGCACUUAAGAUACUGUGGACCUCACCAAGUGUUAGCAAACCACUGAAAAAAAAAAAGUGACAAGUCACAACCACUAAGCCUAUAAGUCAGCAACAGGCAAUGCUUUAUGGUGUGAAUGAUUAGAGUAGCGCUGUGGCUUCUCUGUUUUUCAUACAGCUGAUGAUGUUUUCCUUUUUAUUUUUCUACCUAAGACUGAACCUUGAACCUUUUGCAUCUUAGAUACAACCUGACUGAAAUAAAUCUGUUACUACAGACAACCGAAUACCU